CUUUCACUUUAUCUAUUUGACUUCAUGAACUCUUCUGAUUCUACACCUUUAUAUGCCUAUCUGUCAACUCAACAUCCUGAACUUAUCAACAACUCUGCUAGGUUAGAUUGGUUAUAUGGAUCGAAAAAGGAACACGAGCAGAACGAUGGUGACGACGAAUAUACAAAACAACUUCAUUUAGAGUUUUGGCGGGCAACCAUUCUCGAUUGUAACCUUAGAGGUCACUUGGGUUCUUCACAAUAUUAUCUUGCUCUAGAUAUCUCAAAGCUUGAUGAUAUAUUUUGUCGACCUGAUUUGGGAAAACCUUUGGCAUUGUCUUAUGUUUUGACUUGAAACAGACUGAAGAUAUUAUAUCUAUUGAAGUAUUUUCCAAAACAUUUACUUCAACUUCUUGGUUACGACGUAUGUACAGCACAGUCAUCAAGGCACCAACACGAUGGUCUUUAUUACCUUGGUCAGCAACUUCGACAUUAUCAUCAUCAACAAAUAUAUUUGUAGUCAUGUCAAGUAUACAAACCAUUGCACGAUCUAUAUUGCAACAACAUCAACAGAAUGGAUCUCGUUUCAGCAGUGUGGACGCUGUACUGACAUUUACAGAAUUUCGGACAAAAUAUGGGACCUAUCGUGACACUAAGCUGACAGAUGAUGAUCUUUGGUUACUUCUCAGGUACAUGAAUUCACAAUUUGGUCUUGCUGUGGAACCAAAUAUACGAGGAUAUGGACAACUACAUGUGGCGAUCAAAUUUCCUGAAUAUAGUGACGUCUACUACUCGGCUGUACCUACAACAACAACAACAACUACUACUAGUGCUAUGAUGACUACCUCAGCCACGACAACAAGGAUGAUAUUGUCACCGGCGGAAAUCAAUGAAAGUGACAAGGCGAUCAUUAGUUUGAAAACCACGUGUAAGGCUCUACAUGAUCAAGUGGAUGAUUUACAAACCAAAAUGGAAGAACUUAUCAAAUUGUCAACACAAUAUUCAAGCAAGAAACAAACUCCUCAAGCUCUUUAUACUUUAAAGAAAAAACAUUUAGUGGAACAAAUAUUAAAUCGUCGAUUAAAGUCUUUGGAAACUAUGGAAACUCUUUUGUUGAAAAUCGAAGCCUCUCAUAAUGAUAAACAGAUCAUUCAAGCAUUUAACGUCGGUGUAGUUAUUUUGAAACAAAUGUUCAACAAUAGUGAUUUGACAGUGACAAAUAUAGAUGAAACGAUGUUGAAGAUGCAGAACACAUUGGAAGAACAAAAACGAGUAGAAGACGCUAUUACAGAUGGAACAAAUCAAGUGAUGGAUUUGUAUGAUGAAUCAAGUAUCGUGAUGGAUGAUGAACCCGUAUUGCAUGACACUGGAUUACAAAAGGAAAAACGAACAAGGGAAGUCAUGAAUGACGAAGAUUAUACUAGCAUCAUUGCUGACGACAACAAUAAUGAUGAAUAUAAAGAAUUAGUAACACUAUCUCCACCACCAUCUACAGCACCCAACUCGGAAUUAGCUAGGUUACAUUCAGUUUUAUCUACUCUACCUCAAGCACCUAUUCUACCACCUCGAUCAAAACAACGAAGACGACUUCAACAAUUGGCAUGAAAAGCACUUCUUGUUAGUUAUAAUAAUAUAUAUCACCUGUCUUCGCUUUGUUGUUAUAUCAUCAUUUGUAUUCCCCCCCCCUAUGUCCCAUCUUUUUAGAUCUGUAUAUACUCCAUUUUUCUUUUCUUGUAUAUGAAUACACUUUGGUAAUAAAAAAAAAUUGUCUACUUUCAAAC